CUCUGCCGCCCUUCACCUCCUGAAAACUCUCUCUCUCUCUCUCUCUCUCUCGCUCGGGACCCAGUUCCAACUCUCUAGCACUGUUCGCAAGGUCCGAGCUGCUAUCAAUCUGUCAGAGAAGCGCUUGCGUGCUGUCAGAGCUCUGCCCUACUGCGCCUGCAAUCAGUCUGGAGAGAGAGAGAGGAGUUUGGAGGGACAAGUGUGCGAAAAGAGCGAGAAUUGAGGGAGAAAAAUAGGAUUUUUAUUUUUUUUUGGUUGGAAUUUUAUAUCGAUGGGAUAGAUCAUGGGCUUUGAACAGUGGAAAAAUCAUUUCCCGGGGUUUUCAAAAGAUUCUCGCUUUGUGGUUCGGAGAUUCCCUUUGUUUGGGGGAAUCUUGGGUGGAGAGCUUUGAGAAUUGGCUUUCUUGGAGCUUGAUCGAUUUAUGCAAGACUGAAACCCUAUAAGGUUGAACAGAAUGGCUACGUUGGUGCCUGGUGUCCUUCUUAAGCUUCUCCAAAAUAUGAAUACUGAUGUUAAGGUUGCUAGUGAGCAUCGUUCUUCUCUUCUUCAGGUUAUUAGCAUUGUUCCUGCCCUUGCUGGGGGUGAUCUCUACUCUAACCAAGGAUUUUACCUAAAGGUUUCUGAUUCUUCCCAUGCCACCUAUGUGUCUCUACCUGAUGAGCAUGUGGAUCUUAUCAUGAGUGAUAAAAUCCAAUUGGGACAAUUUCUUCAUGUUGAGUGCCUUGAGGCGUCAUCUCCUGUUCCCCUCCUUAGGGGUGUGAAGCCUGUCCCCGGUCGGCACCAAUGUGUUGGCGAUCCUGAGGAUCUUGUUGCGACACAUUCUUUAGGUUUUCUUGAUACUGAUAACAUGAAAGUAACAAAUGAUAUCAAAGGAGCUAGUACCCUCGCUUCAGAAGAAGCAGAAAAAAAGAAGACCAAGGUGAGCAAGCAGGAUGAGGUUCAUAAUGUCAAGGUUGCGGAAAAGAGCAAGGCAUUACUCUGCAGGUCAAAUUCCUUGGUCUUGAAGCAAGCAGUAAAUGGCACACAGAAAGUAGAGCAGCUGAAGAAGAGUAAGGAUUUGGUCAACAGAUCAAGCUCUUUGCCCUUGAAACGGGUAGUGAAUGGAACCUGUAAAGUGGAGGAGCUGGAAAAGAACAAGACAUCAUUCAGCAGACCAAGCUCUUUGGUCUUGAAACAAGCAGUCAAUGGGAAAGUUGAGAAAAAGUGUCCAGCUGGUACCAAGGCGCAAUCCGGGAAUUCAAGGUCAAUUCCAUCCUCUCCUAGGAGUUGUUACUCACUGCCUGUAUCAUUUGAGAAAUUCUCCAAAGCAACGAAGCAACAAACUAUAUUUAAAGGGUCAGAGAAGACUACUUCCUCAAAGAUGGAUUUGUUGGACAAAGCAACUACUGUUUUAAAGUCAACAACUGCUAGGAGAAAGCCAGCUACUGGAAACCCAGUUGGGAACUUGCUGACAGCAAUUGAGCCAGGACCCAAGGCUCUGAGAAAGAGCUGGGAGGGGAACAUGGACAUGAAGAGAAGGGACAAAUCCACUGCUAUAGGUGCAAAGACUGAGAAGAAAUUAGAGACUCGGAGCUCUUCUGUUCCUCACAGAAGUGUAAGUAAUGAAAGGUUGCAACCUAAGGAAGAUUUAAAGCUCCAAUCCAUGCAAAAGAAAGGCAAUUCUACUGCAUCUUCAGAAGACGCUGUUAAGUCAAACAAACUACACUCUCCUGUUGUAAAGAAGAUAUCUGAGAAAACUAUCAAUCUCAGUCUGGGUGGUUUGGUCAAAGUUCUUCCUAGUAGUAGAAGAUGGACUGAUGGUAGCGUAUCUUGGGCAUCUCUUCCGCCAUCUCUGAGUAAACACGGAAAGGAAGUUAUGAAGAACAGAGAUGCUGCUCAACUAGCUGCUAUUGAAGCCAUGCAAGAAGCUUCUGUUGCUGAAUGUUUACUCCGAUGCUUAAGUAUGUUUGCAGAGCUAAUUUCAGCAGCAAGGGAGGACAAUCCUCAGCCAGCAGUGGAGCAGUUCCUAAACCUUCACAACACCCUCAAUCAUGCAGGUCUUGCUGCUACUUCCUUUCCCAAAGCUCUUCACCCCUACAACACCUCUCCAAACCAAUCACCUAGCAGAAAUGAUCCCGUAAUCUCUGAGAAAGCCCUUAAGAUCUCAUCAGACCGGCGAAAGCGUGCCACAUCAUGGGUCACUGCAGCAAUUGCCACUGACCUCUCUUCCUUCUCCCUAUAUGAGCACAAAAGCAGUAACCAAACACCAACACCAAUCUCAACCUCAUCAACACCUGCAUUGUUGGCCGUCCUCAAUAGCACUGCAAAAUCAUCUCUUUCAAAGGUCAAGCCUCGGACUACAUCAGCCUCGGUACCAUCUAAGCCAGCUGUGAUACCGAGAAUUAAAACACGGGUAGCAUUGGAAUCACCCCCACGCCAUUGGACACAAGGGGGAGGGCUAGAAGAGGGAUCAGAACUCACAAAAGCACUUGGUGAAGAAUCGAGGAACUGGUUUUUGAGUUUUGUGGAACGGUUCUUGGAUGCUGAAGUUAACAAUCCCAGACCGUCCGAUAGGGAGCGCGUAGCAGGAAUGUUGUCACAGCUCAAGAAGGUCAAUGAUUGGUUAGAUGAAGUAGGAAAGGAAGAGGAAGGCACAGACCGGGAAUCGGUCCCUGUAGAGACAAUUGAACGACUUCGAAAAAAGAUCUACGAGUACCUUCUUACUCAUGUGGAGUCUGCUGCAGUUGCUCUCAGUGGGAGUAGUUGUAGUAAUAUGACCGGUGUCUCAUCCACUGCCGGCGCCCCUCAGAGCCGUAAGCGAUGAUAAUUCCUCAUUUGCAGAGUUGCAAUCCCCGGCCUCGGCCUCGCUAAUGUUCUAACUUGGUGAAACAUUGAUCGGUGACAGAAAAAAAAAAAUUCGACUGGUCGAUAUAGAAAAUAUAGCUGACGGUUCUAAUGAUUCUUGUUGAUUCCCAUGUUUGCUUUCCAUGUUUUAGAUUUGAGAUUACAGGGCAACAAAUGUUGCUUGUAGUCAUUACAAAGGAACUGUUUCAUUGCCAAAAUACUUGUUUAACUUCAAUAGAAAUGUGAUGUAUAAAUCAUUCAUGU